UACAUCGUUCGUGCUUUAUUGUAUUGUUUCCAAGGUAACUAUAUCCAAUGAUUGAGAAUAACUUUUACGUAUAGCCGUAAUAUUAUGUGAUGGAAGCGGCCGUUCAUAACUGGUUUAGCCAUGUUCACGUGACACUUUGUAGUUUCCUGACAGCCCUUGAAAGCAGCAUUGCGGAGUUCACUGUGUUGCUCUGGUUUUGUUGAAUUCUCCUUCUCCGUGCGCUCUUUCACGUCCCCGACCAUCGUCAGUGAGGUCAUUGAAAAGUUGGGUGUCAGUGGGCGUUAGGGUCCGGUCCAAAGCCUGCGAUUUACAUCAGGGACAGGGAGUAAAAGUGUGCUGGUUCAAUAAGAGGCUUUUUUGCCACUUUUUUGUUCACACUGGGCUUCCUGUGACCGAAGCCUGCUCAACUUUUGGACAGGUCGCAAACAAGACGCAAAGUCUGACCAAAAUGUUGCUCAGUCAUUAUCUGCCCUGCUGCACCCUAUUAGUGCUACUAGAGCUGGCUGCAGCCCAGUAUGAGCACCACAGCUACCCAUAUGGCCAACCUGAGCCAGAGCAGGAAGAGUACUCUGCUCCCCAGUUGGCGCCUGACACGCCCAGAAUUCAGCUCAGGCUGGCAGGAGACAAGAGGAAACACAACGAGGGUCGUGUCGAGGUUUUCUACAACAACCAAUGGGGGACUGUCUGUGAUGACGACUUUACGAUCCACGCUGCACAGGUGGUGUGCCGGGAAAUGGGCUACAUGGAAGCAGUUUCAUGGUCGCCAUCGUCAAAAUAUGGAAAAGGAGAAGGACCCAUCUGGUUUGACAAUCUCCACUGCACUGGCAAAGAGAAAACUUUGGCAUUGUGCCCCUCCAAUGGGAUUGGUGUUUCAGACUGUAAACACAGUGAGGAUGUAGGAGUGAUGUGCAGUGACAAGAGGAUCCCUGGAUUUAAAUUUAUCAACAUUCUUCCCAACCAUGUGGAGAACCUUGAUAUUCAAGUUGAGGAUGUGCGCAUUCGAGCCAUUUUGUCAUCAUUACGUAAGCGGAUCCCUGUGACCGAAGGGUAUGUGGAGGUGAAAGAUGGUGGUAAAUGGAAGCAGAUCUGUAACACCGAGUGGAGCCAAUUCAACAGCAGAGUCAUCUGUGGCAUGUUUGGCUUCCCUGGGGAAAGGAAAUACAAUGCCAGAGUCUACAAGAUGUUUGCGCGCAGGAGAAAGCCCACAUACUGGGAAUUCUCCGUCAACUGCACAGGUACUGAGGCCCAUUUGUCUAGUUGUAAACUGGGGAGGGAGGAAUCCAUGCAGUCCAACGACACCUGUGCUGAAGGCUUGCCUGUGGUGGUGAGCUGCGUCCCCGGCAGAGCUUUUGCGCCAACAUCUAUGACCGGAUUUAGGAAGGCCUUCAAACAAGAGCAACCGCUGGUUCGUGUUCGUGGUGGGGCCAUAGUAGGCGAGGGCCGUGUGGAAGUGUUAAAAAAUGGCGAGUGGGGCACCAUAUGUGACGACAAAUGGAACCUGCUGUCCGCCACAGUUGUGUGUCGAGAGCUGGGCUUCGGUACAGCCAUUGAGGCCCUGUCUGGUGGUCGCCUCGGACAAGGUAUGGGCCCAGUACAUAUGAAUGAAGUGCAGUGUACUGGAUUUGAGAAGUCUAUCACCGAGUGUUCAUUCAACAAGGAGUCUGUGGGCUGCAGCCAUGAAGAGGAUGCUGCUGUCAGAUGUAAUGUUCCUGCUAUGGGCUUUCAGGAGAGGCUGCGUUUAAGUGGCGGUCGAAAUCCUUUUGAGGGUCGUGUGGAAGUGCUGGUUGAGAAGAACGGCUCGCUGGUGUGGGGCAACGUGUGCAGUGAAGGAUGGGGAACCAUGGAGGCUAUGGUGGUCUGCAGACAGCUAGGCUUGGGCUUUGCCAGCAAUGUUUUCCAGGAGACAUGGUACUGGCAAGGCGGAGUGAGUGCGGACAAUGUGGUAAUGAGUGGAGUUCGCUGCUCUGGUACUGAGAUGUCUUUGUCCCACUGCCUGCAUCAUGGAGCCCACCUCAGCUGCUCCAAUGGAAGUGGACGCAAUGCCGCUGGAGUUUCGUGCUCAGAGACGGCCCCUGACCUGGUACUGAACCCUCAGGUGGUGGAGCAGACCACCUACAUGGAGGACAGGCCGAUGUUCAUGCUGCAGUGUGCGUUUGAGGAGGAGUGCCUGUCCUCCUCCUCUAAAGACAUGCCUGCCAACUCCUACCGCCGACUGCUGCGCUUCUCCUCCCAGAUCCACAACAAUGGCCAGUCCGACUUUCGACCCAAAGCUGGCCGACACGCUUGGGUGUGGCAUGACUGUCAUAGGCAUUAUCACAGCAUGGAGGUGUUUACUAUAUACGACUUGUUCAGUCUGAAUGGAACCAAAGUGGCAGAAGGACACAAAGCAAGUUUUUGUCUGGAGGACUCAGAGUGUGUUGAAGGCAUUGAAAAGAGAUAUGAAUGUGACAAUUUUGGAGAGCAGGGCAUCACUGUGGGUUGCUGGGAUACGUACAGGCAUGACAUUGAUUGCCAGUGGAUUGACAUUACCGACCUAAAACCCGGAGAUUAUAUUUUCCAGAUAAUAAUCAAUCCAAACUAUGAAGUGCCAGAGACUGAUUACACCAAUAACAUCAUGAAAUGCAGAUUGCGAUAUGAUGGUCAUCGUGUGUGGAUGUACAGCUGUCACAAUGGUGGCUCAUUAAGCACUGAGACGGAGCAAACAUUCCCAGGCCUCCUCAACAAUCAGGUCACCCACAGGUAAAAACCCACCAGCCAGUCACCCUCCAACGGAGAACCACUCAAGCCCACAGCCACCAAACGUCUCCAUCUGGUGUGUCCCUCCUGCCGGCCAUGCCCUUCAUGUCUUCUUGUUACCAUCCUGGCUGCAAGAGCUGUUUAACGAUAAAUGACGGAAUUUGAUGAGAAGUUUAAAGGGUUUAACUAACAUCAGGGUAUCUCUUCAUGAACAUGUGCAGCACUGGAAAAAAAGAGCCACCUGCAGGGUUCUCGUUUGAAAGCUUUCAUGUGCCAUUUAAAGUCGAGGGCGAGGUGACAGACGGUUUUCGCUCUCGGGCCUGCUGUGCCUCCAUCCAAACGUUCAAAAAGUACAUUUUCAAUAAACUAAAGGGCAAAAAUGAUCAGUGCACUCAAUUGUCAAAGAAAAUCAAUGUCCAUCUACAAUAGAUGAUGACUGCACGUUCAUGAGAGCAGCAAGAUGCAUUUAUGAUUCAUUUAUUUCAUUCUAAUUUGGAUUAAAACGACGCUUGAAAGUGUGAAGAUUUUACUAAGCUGGAGUAGAACAUCAGUGUGGACUCUGGUGUGUCGUAUGAUACCAUGGAAUCUGAUCUCUCCGUAUGUAAAGACUGUGGAUGGGUGUGAGUCUUUCUUUAAUAACUUGCUGUUAAAUCAGGUGCCGCUUUAUUUUUUCGUUUUAAAUUGUCGUUUUGUACAAUGGUGUGUGUGAAUUCCAUGUUAUUGUGCAUUUUAAGUAUCAUGGUGCUAUCAAACUGGCCCUCUAUUUUCUGAGGGUACAGUACGUGUUUUACAAGCUACAUUAUGUAUACUUACAGUAUACUUGAACCAAGCAUAGAAUUUUUGCAUUAUUUGUUCAACUCUAAUAAAGAUGCAGAGCAAACUCAGAAUUUAAUCUGCUCUCGUUUCUCUUCCAAAGGGGAUUUUUGUGGGAUUAAAUACUGAAGUUUCGACAGGAAGAAAGUAUUGUGUGUAGAAUCAUUACAUUCUUAAUUGCAGAGGUGGGUAGUAAUGCGUUACAUGUACUUCGUUACAUUUACUUGAGUAACUUUUUGAGAAAAAUGUACUUCUAAGAUUUGUUUUACGAAGCCAUACUUCUUACUUUUACUUGAGUAGAUUCGUGAAGGUCAAAAUGCUGCUCUUACUCCACUACUUUGGACUAUUUUUUGCUAUCGAUGCUAUUGUUAAGAGAAGCGCUACUAAUUUUACCAAUGAGACGUCACAAUAAUAAUCACGACUCCAUUACACCAAUCAGACGCAAGCUUGCUGUUCCAUGAUCUCUCAAGCCUGUCCAAUCACGCGUCCGUAACAAAUGAAGUAUUUGACAUAGAGCGCUUCCCUCAAAAUGAAUCCAAAGCGUGGAUUUAAAACUCUUCAGUUUUUACUUGGCACCGAUUGACCACGGAAAACCGGAGAUAUGAUCCUUUUAAUUUCAUAAUAGUAACUAUGAAGGAACCACAGUAUUCACUAUUCAAACUAGGAACUAUUUUCUCCACUAGAGGGCAGGGCUCUUUGGAUGAAUAAUGCUUCAUUAGUGUUUUUUCCCCUCUUUAAUGAUUUUUAAAAUUAUUAUUUGUUUUAAUGUACUUAUAUCUAUCAAUCAAUAGGUUAUUGUACAGUAUCAUUAUAAAACAGUUCAUAUAGAUAAGUUUGUGCUGAGAGAAAAAACAAAAACAAAAACAUUGUUUAAAAGAAAAUCAAACAAAAAUACUCAGUUACUCAAAAUGUUACUCAUUACUUUAGUAUCCUUUUUACUGGAUAGUUUUUUACUUGUACUUUAGUACAUUUUUUGGAUCACUACUUUUACUUGAGUAAUAUUUUUCAGCUACUCUACCCACCCAUGCUUAAUUACUUCAGUACGUUUCUCAGAUCAGAAUUGAAAUUCUCCAAACAGUUUGUGCAUUUCUAAAAUCAUGUCGCACAAGUAGCAAAACAACAUGGAUUACCUGAAAAAGCCAUUUUUUUUGUGCAAAAUUCUUAGUCUUUCGCUCAAAAUUAAAUUUCUUUGUCAAUGAAGAUGUCAGUGCUGUCAGAAUGACAAGUCCUUGUUUCAUAGUGUGCAGACAAGAAAGUCAAAUUGCUUUGUCAUGCUGUCAAUAAAACAGUUACUCUGGUGGAAGGCUCUGAUGCUGAAAAUGGCGUACGUAAAUUUUGAUGAAAAAUUUACAUUUUUGUGUGCGGGAGAUUCAUUUCAAGGGACUGAAAAAGAUUCAGUUUACUUUUACUGUUUUUACAUUCCCUGAUUAUGUUGGCGUGGUGGAAAUUUAACAUUGUCCCAAACUAUUGCAAAUUUUGGCAGGUUAAAAUAAGUUACAUAAAAUAAGUAACGAAAAUGUUUGGAAAUAGGCACACACGUUGACAUAUUCUGACAACAUGUUAAUCCGUUUUGCAUGAAAAGAAUCAUGCAAUGAACUAAUGACUAAAUGUUGUAGGUAGUGGAUUUGCACGGAUGUACGAAAACAUCUGCAACUUGUUCAAAGAAAUGGUAAACUGCUUUUUUUAUGUGCACUACUGAUACAAUGUUGUGACGAUUGAACAAGUAGUUUUGAGAAUUUCGGGUCUGAGCAGAGAAACGUACUAAAACAAUUGCGAAAAACAGUUCUAUUGAGACAAAAACAUUCAGUCUUACAAAGCUUCUGCCACUGAACUUGGCGCAGACGCACUGCAAAGUAAAAUAAGGCAAGACUGACCUCAUGUGGUCUCAUACGCAUACCACACUCAUCUGAAGAACCUGGGAUCAUGUUUUAUUUUAAUCAACGGGCCACAUUCACCCCAUAUUUCAGAUCAGUCAGCAUGGACGGACCACAGAGAGCCGCAUGAAACUACAUAACAAAAUUAAGAUGUUACAUAAAGAUGUAAAAUGAAUGCAUGAGUUGCUAAAAUUAAUGCAAGAGUUUCAAAAUAAGGUUCAGACUGAAUAAACGUAUACGUGCACAGAGUAAAUCAUUCAAAUAACAAAAAUGUAUAUAUUUGCCAAAAUGUAUAUAUAUUUCU